GAGCAUUCCUCUUAAAGUUGCUUCCUUAAAGACAUGACCACACAGUAUGGUAUUCUCUUCAAGCAAGAGCAAGCUCACGAUGAUGCCAUUUGGUCAGUUGCCUGGGGCAAAAAUAAAAAGGAUGGUUCUGAAACAGUGAUCUCUGGUUCUUUGGAUGAUCUAGUGAAGGUCUGGAAGUGGAAUGAUGAAAAAUUGGAUCUACAAUGGACUUUGGAGGGUCACCAGCUGGGCGUGGUAUCUGUGGAUAUCAGCCACACGGGCUCCAUUGCAGCAUCCAGCUCCCUAGAUGCCCAUAUUCGCCUUUGGGAUUUAGAAACUGGCAAACAGAUCAAGUCAAUAGAUGCUGGUCCUGUUGAUGCUUGGUCCCUGGCGUUUUCACCUGAUUCCCAGUACCUUGCAACAGGAAGUCAUGUGGGAAAAGUAAAUAUUUUUGGUGUUGAAACCGGAAAGAAAGAAUAUUCUCUGGACACCAGAGGAAAGUUCAUCCUUAGCAUUGCAUAUAGUCCGGAUGGAAAAUACUUAGCCAGUGGAGCCAUAGAUGGCAUUAUCAAUAUUUUUGAUAUUGCAACCGGAAAACUUCUGCAUACGCUAGAAGGUCAUGCAAUGCCCAUUCGUUCACUGACAUUUUCUCCAGAUUCUCAGUUACUUGUAACUGCUUCAGAUGACGGCUAUAUCAAAAUCUACGAUGUGCAACAUGCAAACUUGGCUGGCACAUUAAGUGGUCACGGAUCCUGGGUAUUAAAUGUAGCAUUUUGCCCUGAUGAUACCCAUUUUGUUUCCAGUUCAUCUGAUAAAAGCGUAAAAGUUUGGGAUGCUGGGACAAGAACUUGUGUUCACACUUUCUUUGACCACCAAGAUCAGGUUUGGGGAGUGAAAUACAAUGGAAGCGGGUCCAAAAUUGUAUCUGUUGGAGAUGACCAAGAAAUUCAUAUUUAUGACUGUCCAGUUUAAAUGUCUUGACUCAGACCCUUUGGUUAACUCUUCUGCCACUUUUUGGGAAUACUACCGUGCUUCUACAAUUUUUCUAAUGAUAAAAGCAUUGUAAUAGCGCUGAUCUGCCAAAUCAGAUGUUUAUCUGUAAUUUUCAUUUUGUUUAACAUGACAGAAAGCUUUACUUUUUUUAAAAUAAAAGCUGGAGCUG